AAUGGAAUUGAAAUGGAAUCAGCGUAGAACACGCUUGCCACCCACACACACACCCCACGAACGGCCUUCACUUCGUGCACGAGUGCUCUCUGAAUAUUUUACUCUCUCUCUCUCACUCUCUCUCUCUCUCUGUGUUGGCUGCGCUGUGAUGCUCUCUCGCUGGUGGCGCGUGUCGCGUGGCGAAUUCGCAACCUCAGACAAUGUGAAACGGGUUUGUGCGAGCGUAUUUCCUUUUUGGCCAAGUUAGCUCGGCUUUUCUUAUCCUGAUAUCCGGUCGUUGGCAGCCAGCAUUUGGCAUGGUGCGUCAUUCGGGGAUAUUAACGAAAACGACAACGAAGGCGACGGCGACAAGGAUUCGUAUUUUUUGGGGUCCAAGUGAAAACCAGGUAAUGAGGAGAGCAAAGCUUUUAGUCUUGGUCGGUUAUUGGUGCUGUGUGGUUGAGACGACGACAACGGCUCCGAAAGGCCGAAAGACAUAGGAGACAUCGCAAGCGACAACAACGACAACGACAACGAAGACGAGGACUGCGACACUGAUUCGUGAGUGUGUGAGUGUGUCAGUGAAUCAGCAGUGAAAAGGCUAAAUUAUGAAUAUCUGAGUGUAGCCAACAACUAAAAAAAAGAAACAACUGAGUCAACAACAACAACUGAGUGGAGGAUUGCAGCGAAAGACUAAGCGAAUACCAUUCAUAUUCAUAUUCAUAUACUCGUAUGUGUGUGUGCGACUCGAAUUCAUAUUCAUAAGCAGCGAUGCCUUUGUUUUCCCUCUCGCGUAAUCGCUGAGUAAGAGAGUGUUCUAUGUGUGUGUGCGUCUGUGUGUGUGUGUGAGUGCCACAUUUCGCUUGACAAAUUAAAAUGCAUAAAUUAUGAACGAAAGUACCGUUACGUGCGUGACAACUAAUAAUUUGUUAUUAUUAUAAUGCACGUGGCCAGUUCGCACUCCACGUAACUUCAACUUCAACUUCGAAUCCGACGACGACUACGACUCCGAUUCCGACAACAACAUCAACUACAAUAUCAGCUUAAACUGCCCCAGACAAGGCCAAGCCAAGAGGAGUUUUGUGCUUUGCCCACACACAACACAAAAACAACAAAAAAUAUGCCAAUUGCCGGCAACAACCAAUAAUAACAACAGCAGCAACAACAACAACAAGCAAGUCUAAGCCAAAGCUGCCUUUUCAUUGCCAACAUCGUCAACUUCCUGGCCGCAAAGCAUAUUAAGACCUAGGCACAGGAAGAGAGAGGAGGGAGACAGGACAGGAAAGGGACUUACGGCAAACUUGGACUGGGAUUAAAACCUGCUGGGAUGUUGGAUAUAUGCGCUUUCUCUGGCUGAUAUUUUGCUGAUGUUUCAAUUAAUUUGUGCACAUAUUAAGCGGAGAGGAAUAAAAGCAAUAAUAUCAACAACAAGAGCUGGAAUAACAACCAGCAGAAGAAUAACAAGCAGCAAGUGAAAGGAGACAAAACUGAACUGAAACCGAAACAGUAACAGCAACAGAAAUGGAAAUAGAAAUAGAAAUGAAAAUGAAAAUGAGCAUGAGAAUGAAAAGGAAGCAAAGACAAACGCGGGCAAAUAGACAAACACAAAUUGCUGAACAAACACAAGCAGGACGCAUGUAAAUGUAACUGUGAAUACACUUCCCUUUACAACUAAACGUGGGUGUAACUCUCUACGAGUGUGUGUGUGUCGCUGUGUGUGUGUGGAGCUCAUAAUAAGAAGAGCAAAUAGCAAAGAGCGCAUGGAAAAUAAAAAUAAAUAGCAAACGACAAAACGCAGGCCACAAACUAAAAGCAACAAGACGUGGAGAAGGAGAAGAAGUGGAGAAGAAGAGGAGAAGGGAGAGGAAGACACAUCAGUUUGCUGGUGGGUGACGCGUUCCCUCGUUGGCGGUCAAGUGAAAUUUAUUGCAUUGCACAAAUGAGACAACAACAACCACAACAACAACAGCGACAACAACACAAGGCAAACUAAAACGCAAGGCAAACAGCUGCAAGAAAAAAAAGAGAAGAGAGAAAACAGAAAAACUAAAAAGGAGGAGGAAAAAACACUCUGCUGCGUGCCCCAAAUUGUAGCAAAAAAAGAAAAAUAACCGAAAAUUCCGCAACAAAUUGAAAAAUUAAAGUUUUACCAACACGACGAAAGAAAAGUUGGCCAAGAAAAAGCGAGCAAAAGUGUUACAAACAGAGCGAGAGCGAGAGAGAGAGAGAGAGAGAGAGAGAGAGAGAGAGAGCGAAAGAGAAACCAAAAUAAGUACACAGAAGAAGGAGAAGAGAACGCACAACGGAACACAUUAAUGCAACAAAAUGGGUGCAACUUUGAAUAGACGACGCCGGCGUGGCCAAAGCUUCGUUGCCUCUGUUGCUGCCCCACCUCGUUGCUGCACGUUGUGGAACCUGCUGCUGCUUCCUUUGGCAUUGGCAAUCCUGCUCUCGAGUGGCACUGUUCAGAGUCUGACAAUGACUGAGAUUCGCAUACCGAAGCACAUCAUGAGACAUGAGGAUGCCGUGUUGGGCUGUAAAUUCGAUUUGGAUGGCGAGUCGCUCUACUCGGUGAAAUGGUAUAAAGAUGGCUUCGAAUUCUAUCGCUAUGUGCCACGUGAUAUGCCACCUGGACAGGUGUUUCCGUUGCCCGGCGUCGAUGUCGAGUUGCAAAACUCGACGGACAUUGCCGUCGUUCUGCGCUCGGUGAGCCUACAGUCGACGGGUCGUUAUCGGUGCGAAGUGUCCGGCGAGGCGCCUUCGUUCCAGACAGUUUCCGGUCAUGAGGACAUGAUUGUUGUGGUUACACCCAAGCAUGGACCACAAAUCACCGGCGGUCAGCCUCGAUACCAAAUUGGCGACAUGGUGCGCGUCAAUUGCACUUCGGCGGCAUCGAAGCCGGUCUGCCAUCUCAGCUGGCUGAUUAACGGCAUGCACGCCAAUCGCUCGCUGCUGCGACCCUAUGAACCCAAAGUUGUUGGACGCGAGGGUCUCGAGGUGGCGCGCCUUGGCCUCGAGUUUCGUGUGCGCGGAUGACAUUUCAAGCAUGGCGACAUGAAGUUGAAGUGUGUCGCCAAAAUCUCCUCUGUGUACUGGCAAAGCAACGAGGAGAGCGUCGAGAGUGACAAGCAUCAGCGCAUUCCAGUGCUCGAGUCAAGGGAAACAGUGAGGCAGCUGGACAAAUCAGCGGAAGACAAGCAGCUCAAGAAGAGUCGUCGUCCUGCGGCCGCAACAUCCGCAGCUGCAGCAGCGGCAGCAGCAGCAGCUGCUGCAUCGAGUGCGUCCGCAGCUGUGUUCAUGAGCUGGUCACGCAUAUUAGCGACAUCGUCGGAGUCGCUGUCGUCGGAGUCCAUUGCACGCAUUUCGCUGUACGCGCUGCCCGUCUUAAUAGCAUUUCUGUGUAAUGCUCGCGCCAGUCUAUGCGCUAAGCUGGCGACAACACCCACAAGCAAAGAGGAGGCAAACAGCUGCCAGCAACAUGACCGCCGCCUGUUGGCCCAAUUAAGCGACGACUCCACGCCGUGCAGAUAACAAUUAACGAAGAUGUAUGGCCAACACCACCAACACCAGGCAACCAGGCAACGCCAAACUCAUUAAAUCUCUGUAAAUAUAUUUCAACUUUGCCAAUGCAAGAAAAGUAUCCCGGAGUAAAACACACAUUAAGUAUACGCUGCUUAGCUAAAAUGUACAUAUAUACAAAUAAAUAUUCCCCUAUUAAAAUCGAAGUUAGUUUUAGCAUAUCGUUGUUCCUCUUUCGGGCUUUUAAUGCAGGCUAAGAAAUUGCUCAACAAGUUUAGAAUACUAGUGAUGUGAGUUAAGCUGAAUAACCUUAAUAUUCAUAUAUACAUUAAUAUAUAGCCAAAUCUGUACAAGCCUAGUUAUAUAAGUGCAAUCAAACGAGUCCUGUUACCGCCACGAAACAACAACAAAGCUGAGCUCGGCCUAGAGUCUUCUCAUUAUUAAUCAAAAAUGCAAAAGAAUCUCACAUUUCGUGUAUAAUACAAUUUAGUGUUAAUUGAAUAAAACUCUUAUUAGCAUAAUUGUUGAUACUCUUAGCAAAAUACUAAAAACAACUACAAUUGAAAGCCAAAUACUCAGAACUAGAAGAUUUUGGGCUUUGCAAUUUUUGAAUAGCUAUCAAAGUUAUGCAAAACUGAUUCGUAAUGAAUUUAAAACAUUUCCAGUUAAAGCUAAUUAACAGCAAUUUCAUUAAAAUAGUUAUAUUUUUAGAGUGGGGGGAAAAAGGAGCUCUGUAUAUUUCCACAGCGUAAGCUACUCGUAAUCUAGGCAUUAACUGUAUUAAUUGUACAAAUAUUUAAUUAAUUUCCCCCACAACUAAUUCUUUAUAAUGCACACAAAUACAAACAUACACACACACACAUACAAUACACACAUACAUAUUAGUAAACACACUUGUCUAGUGCAUAUCUUCGAUGGCAGAAAUAUCAUUUAUGGAAUGCAACUGUUGUUGAAUGUUUAGUCAUAAGCCCGAAUAAGCAAAACAUAUUUAGCAAAACCGAAACGAAAAUAAACAAUGCAUAUUUUAAAGACUAGUUUAAACUGUAAGCGAAUCGAAUCCACACGUGUGUAGCGAGCGAUGUAAAUGAUUAUGUAAUGUAAUGAAUGUUAUUAAGUCUUUAAAUAAAAUGCAAUGAAAAUUGAUACCAACUUGUCGCC